ACCCUUGGCCCAUAAAAUUUAAUAUAGUACCUAUCACUAUUCGUCAAUGGACCCCCGUCUCAGGUGUCCAUGAGGAUUUUUCCAGUGUACUGAACCCUAAAAAGGUUAUUAUUAUUCUGAAAACAAUAACUUUGCUUUUUAAACGACUUCAUAUAGGAUAUAUGUUUAUUUUUCGUUUCAGAUGGACGCAUAUUGGGAUGAUUUUGAUCUCAAGAAAUUUGAGGAUAUGGAGUUUCCCGACAACAAAGGAUUUGAGGAUUCUUCAGAAAUUGCUGCUCACUACGCUCCUGUUCCUAAGUUGGGUGGUGCUGGGCCGCCCGGUGGACUGGGUUCAGGAAAUCCGUUACACCCUAUCGAUAGACAUGCGUCAGCAAAUGGCAUGCCCCCGGGAUCCAUUAAUAACAAACCACCUCUUCCCAUGGACAUUAAGCCAGGAGCACCCUCAGAUUAUCAGGGCAAACCGGUUGCUAGGAAGCAGCCGGGAUCAGAUUAUUAUGAUUAUGAUUCUGGUGAAUAUGUAGGUGAAGGCGAUGGCCCACCGAACAAGGGUGGCCCACCUAGCGUGAGAGCAUCACCUCCAACGGGCGACCAAAGCCAGCCUCUCCCAGAACGUCUACGAAAUAGAAACGGAGGACAAUGGCAACAAAAUGAGUCCCAAUCACCGUAUGGCCUACCUCCAGCAGAGCCAUUUCCAGGACGUCCACCGAAUAAACACGGCAGAGGAAAGCCGCCACCAUACCAAUACCAAUUACUACCCAAUACGGGUGGUCCAUUAAGUAUGGGUAGUCUGCCAAACAUGGGUGGCCCACCAAAUAUGGGUGGUCCACCAAAUAUGGGUAGUCCAUCAAAUAUGGGUGGUCCACCAAAUAUGGGUGGUCCACCAGGUAUUGGUGGCCCACCAAAUAUGGGUGGUCCACCAAAUGUUCAUGGCUUACCAAAUAUGGAUGGCUUGCCAAAUAUGGAUGGCUUACCAAAUAUGGGUGGUCCACCAAGUAUGGGUGGUCCACCAAGUAUGGGUGGACCAUCAAGUAUGGGUGGCUUUCCAAAUAUAGGUGGGCCACCAAAUAUGGGCAAUGAAGCUCUAAGAAACAGGGCGAUCCCGCCACCUAAAGGCAUUGAUUCAGGGCCGCUUCCACCAUAUCAAGGUUUUUCGAAAGUGGAGAAAGACAUUUUAGGCUUAAAUGAAAAUGAUAAGCCACCAGAACAGCAAAAUGGAGCUCCCGGUUUUGAUCCAAAUCAACCUCCGACGGGCCAGGAAGAGUUCCCAAAUUUUGAAAUUUUGCCAGCAAUGCAGCCGCCUUUUGGUCCAAAACCACCUCAAGAGCGACCCCCCAACAUGCAAUCUCAAAUGACAAAACUUCAGGAAGACAUGAUUAGAAAACAUCUGCCCCCGGAUUUUGGGAAAAUGAUAGAGCGUUUCCAAAAAGGAGAAAUAACGCAAGCAGAAUUGAAUGAACACUUCAUAAAAUAUCAAAAAAUGGAUCCAAAUAAAAUGAAAGAAAUACAGGAAAAACAAAAAGAGCAAAAAUUUUACAAUCAGAUGCACCCGGAAUUCAAGAAACCAUAUCCUGAUGGCAGUCCACCAAAAUUUGUCAACAUGAAUCGACCACCUGGGUAUACUAGACCUGGCAACACGAACCCACCUGGAUUUCCUGAACCUGAAAAAGAAUUGCAACUGCCGUAUAAAUAUUUGGGAUGGAAUGAGCGUCCAUUGACUACAACUUCUCCGAAAUUUGUAAUUCCACCACACAUUAUGAAGACAAUGCAAAGAUACAAAGACAUACCACCUGGGGCAGAACCGCCUCCGCCUAUGGGACCUAAGAUGUUCAAUAUGCGUCAUAAUCAUACGUCAGAUUUGGUGGGAAGCAAUAGUGCCACUUCUACUACACCUUUCCCUGUUAAGGAUGAUUUCAAUAGUCCAGUUAUGUGGGUGAAGCUUACUUCGUCGGCAACAAGAGACGGGCUGGCCAAAGUCACUGAUCCCAAAACUGGAAAGAACUAUCAAGUUAUAAUAAAUGGUACAGUGUAUGUGCCUGUAUUGGACAAUCGACUAGAGCGACUUGGUAUAAUUACAAAAGGAAUCAGCUCAACAACGGAACCAAGUGUGGGAAUGCCACAGUCGGUUAUUGAAACGCUGGCCGGUGCGGUCGAUAUGAACAAAGUGGAUGAGAAGGAUUGGCUGGCUGUGGAGACUGCUUUGGGGGGAAGAAAUGAUGAUAACACUUGUCAGAAUGAAGGUUGCCAGUCGAGAUGCAACACGUAUGGCUGUGUGACUAAGUGUUCUGGUGAUACUUGUGCGUCUGGAUGCGUUUCAAAGCAAUGUUCUUCAACUUGCUUUGGCCCUGGCUGUAUGUCUAUGUGUAUUGGUGAAAACUGUGAUGCAAAGUGCGAAGGGCAAGCAUGUGAAGUACGGUGCCGAGGUCAAGGCUGUAAAGCUGAAUGCUCCAGUUUCGGCUGCGCCAUUUAUGAGAACGGCGUGUUUAGGCGUGGUGGCGGAACAUUCGACGAACAUUACCCGCAAUACGGUGCGGUGCUGGGCGACGCCAGCGCCGGCGGCGGAGAAGAAGCACCUGAAAAUCCAAACCCAAUUGCUUAUAAUGAUAAUGCAUACUAAUAUUAUAUUAUGUCUGUCUGUCUGGACCGAUUUUGAUGAAAUUUGAUAUGCAUGUAAUGUUAAAGAUCUUUGUAAGUAAUAGAGAAACAUAACUUGUGAUAAUAUUCCCUCUAUAACAUGGAAUAAUAAUGUAUAUAUUUAAAUUGAAUUCGUAUUCGUUUAGUCUACUUCCUAUUGUCUUCAUAAUAUUGGCAAUGUUAUUAUUUUAAAUGUGUUAAGUGUGUAUCAUUAAUUAUAUAAUUACUACGGCCGUAUCCGAUAUGCGUGAAACCCCGUGUACCCUCUGGUGGUAUCGGAAAACCAGUGCCCUGCUCUCUUUGUCGAGCAGAAUAUGCACUGAGAUACUGCCCUUUUAUAUCGCUGCGGCACAUGAUUGUAUAGUUAUGUAGAAUGUUUCUUGUGUAUUUGUCCUUUAUUUUAAUGGUUCACUGUAUCGUAAAUAUUAUUGUGUGUCCUCGAUAUAAAUAAAUGUUUAUCUAUCUAUCUAUAUGUAUUUUACUUAUUAUAAGCA